CUUUUUUGAACAAACAGCAUAAAUCGUGUUUGUUCAGAAAAUAAUUGAAAAAUACUGACUUAACAAUAAUUAGACGAAAUAUCAGAAUGAUAAUCAGAGUUUUAUUUCUUUUAAUAAACAUUCAAUUCAUAUACAGCGUUCAACAAUCUGGAUUCUUUGAACUAGUAGGGUAUGAUAAGAAACUACCAGGAUAUGUAAUUGAGCAAGAGAUCGUAGAGUCAAAGGCUGAAUGUGGCCAGCUAUGUCUCAUGAGGAAUUGUUACUCAUAUAACAUAGACAAUGAAAAUGUUGAGAAGAAACUAUGUGAAGUGAACUCUGAGAGUUUGCAGCUUCAAGGGACAUCUUUGACGGGUCAAACUGGGACAAAUUACCAUCAGUUGGUUCCCAAUUUGUUCAAUGUGCAUGCCUCAUGGUACCAUGGCAACACAGGAAACAUCUAUGUUCUAACUGACAACAGAAUGGUUUACAUAUAUGUUGAUGAAAAUUCCCUACAUAAGCCUCCGAUGCAGGUGACAAAUCUGGACUCAAUGCUCCCCAGUAUGCCGACGGGUGAAAUAGAUGAUAUUCAGUUCUAUUAUUCCCCUACUACCAACUAUACCAGAGUAUUUGAAGGAGGAAACUUAUGGCUUUACGAAGAUGAUAUCCCCCAUGGCACCCAUUUCCCUAGUGCUGCAAGCUUGACAUAUGGGACUGGUACACCAGAAGAUCCAGAUGCCGUGUUCAUGACAGAUGAUGCAUAUUUCUUAAAGAACAACAAUGUGUAUAUUUCAAACUCUGUUGUCUACGAUAGUUAUGACAUUAUGGCUGCUAAUCCCACCAAAGAUUUUCAGAAUGUUCCGGUGACUCAUGGAAUCACCGCGGCAACAGAGACAGUACAACAAGGAGUUUUUCUGUUCUUUGAAAACAGUGCUUUUGUCAGAUAUGAUAAUGCAACUAAGUUGUACACAAAUGGUAUGUUACAUGCACCAAAAUGAAUCAAUAACCAUGUCUCAUUUCUAAACAAUGUAAUGUAUGUUUACUUUAGUUUAACAAAGUAUUUAACCUGAUUAACACAGCAGCCAUGCUCAUCUGUUGUUGGAUUUACCGAAAAUAUGAUUUGGUAAAAAUAGAAUUUGGCUUGAAUAAAUACCUUUAAAGCAAAAUAUGUGCAAUAGUAAGUUUACUCUUGGGAAACUCAGUAAAUACAACAUCCUUUGAUUCAUUUCUCUCCAACCUCCAAGAUACCUUAGAUUUUUACCAGGGGGUGCCAUCUUCUGUUUUUGUAUUUUACAUGCUUGAAAGUCCAUGGAGAAGAUUACCAGAAACCAAUCAGAAGUGUCCAAAUAUUUGUUUCACUAGCAUUCUCACAAAUAUAUACACCUUAGUAUGAUAAUUUCAUGACUCUAAAUAAAGGUUCUAUUGAAAGGAGCUGUAAUGACUCUUGAU